GGGUGCUAGUAGGGGAGGAGGAGGAGGAGGAGGUGGUGUUCGCUGGCAAGUUGGGAAUUUCUUGGCAUAAUUGCAAUUUUUUACAAGUCUCGAAAAAAGCCUUGGGAGGUCUGAGAGGGGGGGAAGGCCAAAGAAGUCGUCGGUGAAUCAGUGGGUGCUACAAUGACCACCUCGUCUGAGGAUGUCUUACUGGCUAUAAAGAGAGUGCGUCAGAAGAAGCAGGAUGGUAUACUCUUUUUGAUGGCAGAAAGAAUAGCUUGGACUCCUGAAGGCAAAGAUCGUUUCACUGUCAGCCACUUGUAUGCAGAUAUCCGUUGUCAGAAAAUAAGUCCUGAUGGUAAAGCUAAGAUUCAGCUGCAAUUAGUUCUGCAUACAGGGGAAACAACAAACUUCCAUUUCACGAAUGAGAGUAGCGCUUUGAAGGACCGUGAUGCUGUCAAAGAUCUCCUCCAGCAGCUAUUACCCAAAUUUAAAAGAAAAACUAACAAGGAGCUGGAGGAAAAAAAUAGAAUGCUCCAAGAAGACCCCUUGUUAUUCCAGUUAUAUAAAGACCUGGUAGUUAGUCAAGUGAUCAGUGCUGAGGAGUUCUGGGCCAACCGCCUUAGUUUAAAUUCAGUGGAUUCUUCUCUGCCCAAUCACAAGCAGGAAGUUGGAAUUUCUGCAGCUUUUCUGGCUGAUGUUCGGCCACAGACAGAUGGUUGCAAUGGCCUAAGAUACAAUCUGACCUCUGACAUAAUAGAGUCUAUAUUUAGGACCUACCCAGCAGUUAAACAGAAAUAUGCAGAGAAUGUUCCUCACAACAUGACAGAAAAAGAGUUCUGGACCAGGUUCUUUCAGUCCCAUUAUUUUCACAGAGACCGAAUCAGCAUGGGUGCUCAGGAUCUGUUUUCAGAGUGUGCCAAGUUGGAUGAUAAAGGACUGAAGACUAUGGUUGGACAGGGAGUUAAAAAUCCAUUAAUUGACCUAACUUCUCUGGAUGACCAAACACUGGAUGAGGGUUAUGGUGUUUCUUCUGCGCCAUCAUCAUCAGGUUGUACUAAGUCAGUUAAGGAGACAAGCAACACAGCUAUUAUUAAAAGAUUCAACCUGCACAGUGCCAUGGUGUUGGCAGCAGGCCUGCGCAAACAUGAGCCUCAAAAUGAACAGAACAGUGAGACUAGUAGCACAGAUGGUAACUCCAGGGAUUCUGACUUCUUCCAGCCUCCACUGAAAAAGGUCAAGCUGCAAGAAGCUAUUGAAUACCAGGACCUAAAGCAGGAAAAUGGGAAGAAGACCAUUGCCCUGACUUUGAAGAAAUCUGAAAGGUAUUCACAUGGUCCUGUUCCAGUACAAUCUCAGACAUAUACAACUAGCCAGGAUAUUAUUAAUUCUGUCAACUAUAUUAAACAUGAAAUGGACAAUUACACCCCACAUCUUAAUCACGUACUUUCUAGUAGUGCUGCUAGCUCAGCUAUCACUGCCUUGUCCCCAGGAGGGUUGCUUAUGCAGGGAGGAGCACAUCAAGCCAUAAAUCAAAUGGUGCCAAAUGACGUACAGUCAGAGCUUAAACACCUUUAUGUUGCUGCAGGAGAACUGCUCAGGCAUUUCUGGUCUUGUUUUCCGGUAAACUCUCCAUUUCUGGAGGAGAAGGUUGUAAAAAUGAAAAGUAACCUGGAAAGGUUUCAUAUUAGCAAGCUUCGUCCAUUCCAAGAGAAAGUCCAGAGGCAGUACUUGAGCACAAAUCUAACAGGUCACUUAGAAGAAAUGCUACAAGCUUCAUACGGCAAGUUCAGCAUGUGGCAAUCAAAGAGAAUGGUCAGAAAAACAUGAUGUGAACUUCUAAUUAAAACUGUUGCCUGUGGGAUUUUUGACAAAAAAAAGGAAGAGCAAGGAGGAAUUCACAAUAUUAGUGAAACGCUGUGAAAUGGCCUGUUGAAUUUCUUAUAUAUAUUUUUAUAUAAGUGAAAUUCUGCCCAAAUUCUAGUGGGAGAUGGACAGUGUUUGUUACUAUUUUUUUUCUCAUUCUCCUCAGAAGGGUUUGCACAAUGCAGUAGAAAAUGAUCUUGGAGAGCGAGUAACUUAAACUCUGAGAGGAUGUGGAAACUCACUCAUUCACAUGUAUCUAUAACGACCAAACUGUGAGAACUCGGAAUGGCAAUUAUUCAGUAUUUUUUUGUUCUUUUAAAUCGCAGGGACUCAGGAACUGCAAAGUGUUUCAUACUAAUAGUGCUGCUUUAUUAGAGAAAAAAAAAGAAAUAAAAUGUACAGUAAUUGACUACAGGGUUUCCUAUUUAAAAGAAUCUCAUUCAUCAUCGGUGUCUAGUUUUAUGGGUUUGUUAUGGGAUAAAAAAAAAAAAAUCACAGUAAAAAGGAUUAUUGCAGUAUAUGGUGAUAGUCCACCUAUUUUGAGAAGAUGCUGUUCAGUAAAGGUGCUUUAUUAGCUCCAAGGCACUUGUUUUUGUAGGUCCAAAAUAUGGUUGGUUGUUGCCCACAUCUUAGUGUACACAGAGGCCUUGAACAAUCUUGGCAGUUUUAGGUGUUUGAGUUUUGGCAAAUUUCAAAAUGUAAUUGGCCUGUACUUAUAGAAAGUCUACAAUUUGGUAACAAGAGUAUGUAUGAAGGAAUAUUUUUAAGCCUGUAACACCGCUAUGGAAAAUACCUUUUUUGAUUCCGUAAGGUCACAGUUCACACAUUACAUGAAAAAAACAUAAUCACAGAUUAGUAUUUUUUAUUUCAUUGAUUAGCUAUAUUAUGUCUAUGUUCUUGGUUUUCAGAGAAUUUGAAUGAUCAAGUUUGAAAAUUUUGGACAAUAGGGCCUAAAUGAUGCUAACCUUACUGGGCAGAAGAUGCAGUUGUAUUUGUGUCCCAGUAAUUCUUUAAUAGUUCAGAAGAGUUUCUGUUUAAUAGACAGUUUAUUUUUUAAAGUUCUUAGAAAACCAAACCAGUUUUGAGUAUUUACCAUCAUAUUAUCCUGGAGCAGAAACAGGUAAAAAAAAAAGUACUGUACGAUAAAGCUCCAGAGUCCAUUUAAAGGUAUGAAAUAACCUAAAGUAAAUAACUUUGUGAAAGAAAACUAGGAAAUUUAAGACUGUGGCUGGCCAAUGUUUUUAAGGAAGAUUAAGACAUAAAAAUGAUGAAUGAUAGAAGAAAGUCACUAUCUGAAUAUUUCAUAUAUGACAGGCACCUUAUUCUUCCUUUUCCAGACAAGAGAGUUUGUGUACAUUACGGAAGUGCAAAUCCACACAAUUCAUUCAGUGGGUUUUAACUCCUUGUUCUGAGAUGUGUUGUUUUUCCUCAUAACUUUUCAACAUUACAGUAUUUUCUGAUUUCCUCUAAAUGAAAGAGUGAGGGCUGGUUCCUAAAUUUUGAAAGGCUCUAGAAUUUCAGAUAAGGGCUGGUAUUUAUGUGAACAUCUUGAAAAGUCAAUUUAUUUCUCACUACUAGACAAAUCUAAAAAACUUUAAUUUCCAAAGAUUGUGUUGGACCUUAGGUAUUGUGGCAACAAUCUUUCACAGAGAUACAUUUAUGUACCCCUUUAUAGGGAGCCAACCAAAAUGUUCUUCGAGUUAUAUAAGUAAGCAUACUGGGUGUGGGUGCAAUUCAUUGCAAUGCACAACAGACAAAGGUUUUGACUAAAAAACCCUGGUUGAGAAUAAUCCAAUCAUCCCAUUUCCUCGUAUGGGAUGUGGCUACUACAAGAAGAUAGCUUUUACUGAAUAUAGAAUUUCUUCACCAUAUUUUAACUGUAGUUUUUAUUAUGUUCCAGUCAACAAUCAUUCAUUUAUCAUAUCAUUUUUAAAACGUUUUUCUGCCAGGUUUUUGGUGUGAGCCUGAGCUCAAACAGGUACUAUGCUGUUUCUUGACAGCAUUGGUUUAUUUUACUCUAGUCUGCCUUUUUGCUCAUUUUUCUACAAAAAGAGAUCCAGGUGUUUUUUAUUUUUGCUUUUCACUGUCAAAAGUCACUUAAGAGAACUACCUAGCUGGUAUUUUUAUUUGAUCACUUCAGUGGACGGCAGAAUUACCGUUAAUCACAUUAAUCAUGUUGGUGAUCUUUUUGUUUCUUUAUUUGAAUAAUCCAAGCAAUAAAUAUGCCGGCCUCUGAAAGAUAAGGAGCUAGAUUUUUUUUUUUUUACCUUGCUGCUGUUAUCUUGAAUUUUUUGUGUUCUUUCUGUCCCACUUGGCAUAAUUACUGUAUGAUUUUUCUUCACUGACUCCUGCACAUGGAUAGACAUAAGGGUCCAUUAUAUUAUAAAAGAGUUGCAUUGUCCAUUACAUUCUUUGCCUGCCUGAAGUCAUGAAGCUCCAUGUAAAAGACUGAUGAAGGCCCCCUUCGUUUUAGCAGGCUGGCCUGUUCACCUCUUGUAACAAUGAAGCAGUAGUCAGAGGAUAAAAUUAUAUAAUUCUAAGGUUUUAUGGUGUUUUCUAAACAUAUACUGUAUAUCAUAGUCUACAUAGAAUAAAGGACAGUAAUUCUUUGAACAAUUGUCAGGCUAAUGCAUAACAGUGUUGUUAACACUGGUAGCUAAAUGCCACAUUACAGUAUUAAAAGUGUUAAAAAAAGUCUCUUACUGUCCAAAUUUUGUUCUUUUCCCUUAUUGUAAAACUAUUACAUUCACUUUACUUAGUUUACAAAUAUGCAAGCUUUUUCUUCCUCCAGAUUGGAAGUUUUGCAGCAGUUAGUAUAUUUCAAAAAGAAAUUAAAUGCAUAAAGGUUUUACUUGUGUACUAGUAUGGACAGAUGCAAGACCAUCUUCUGAAAUCAAGCUGCUUUCAUCCUGUUCCUAAACUCUCCAUUCAGACUUUAAACCAUCUCUCAGUGUUGUAUUUUGUUAAACAAAAACUUCACUUAAUUGAUCAAUUCUCAUGCAGUUUUAUAAUUAAAAAUUGUGUUGCAAUAAACAAAUUGGAGAAGUGCAUUCAGUAUGACUUUUCUGGUAAAAUUAAAAUUAGAGUAAAUGCACAUUAUAUGCACUUAUUACAGUUUUAUAUUGUGUUCUAUUAAUUUCCGUUCUUGAUGCCUAAUGGUCGUGUGCUCAUUACAGAUAUUAUUUUAGAAGUAUAGUUUUGUCACUGUCUGGGUGAGUAUCAAUCCCCAUUCUUCUCUCAUGCUUCUCAGUUAGUGACAAGCAGGGACCGUUAUUUUUAAUGGAUAUAGCAAACGCACAUUUCAAAAGGUAAAUUAGACUUCUGCUGCUUAUCUACUUGAAAAAAUCACUUGAUUAGUCAGAAAAAAAACAUUAAAAUUGUAUGGAUUCUUUAGACUAUUACUUUACUUACUACAUAUUACACUUUCAAUUAAAAUGAGAGCCAGAAACUGCAGUUAAUCAGCAGCAGCACUGGGAAUGGACUUCAGUUACAAAAUUGGUGUGCACAUCUCUGUACGGGAUCUUUUCAUAUUUACUGUAUGAGUUAGCAAAAAACAUAUACCCCUUUCCAGAAUUUUCAUUUUUGUUAAAUCAUGAUCAGAUAAUGCUGAGUGUUUGCACUGAUUUUUUUUUUAUAUCUAUGUAUAUUAUAAAUGAUAGGUAUGUGGGAGUGAGAUAUUUGUUAACAGGCUUGCACUGUGUUUUUGUAAUUUUGACUUGUUUUUUCAGUCUACUUUAUACAGCAUGUUUCCCAUUGCAAGAGAUAAAUGAGAAAGUGUAAAUUGAACUUUUUCCUGCUUUUUCCUUUUCUCUUUGACAGGGGCAGAUACUGUAUGUUUUUGAGGAUUGUUUAGAUGUUGUUUGGGGAACAAUAAUACAUUUUUAAAGAAAAAUAAAUUUAUAAGAAAGAUAAAAUUGAAAUAAAGUCUAGUUAAAUUGUCUCAAAACA